CGCGGGGCGGUGUUUGGAUGGUGCGGGCCGGAGCGCGCGGGGGCGGAAGCGGCGGCGGCGACGGCGGCGGUGGCGGCGGCGGCUGUCAGAGCUGGAGAGCGGCCGGCGGAGCAAUCAUGGAGGGUCAACGCUGGCUGCCGCUGGAGGCCAACCCCGAGGUCACCAACCAGUUUCUCAAGCAGUUAGGCCUGCAUCCUAACUGGCAGUUUGUUGAUGUGUACGGGAUGGAGCCUGAACUUCUUAGCAUGGUACCAAGACCGGUGUGUGCGGUGCUGCUCCUCUUUCCUAUUACAGAGAAGUAUGAAGUCUUCAGAACAGAAGAGGAAGAAAAAAUAAAGUCUCAAGGACAAGAUGUUACAUCAUCAGUAUACUUUAUGAAACAGACCAUCAGCAAUGCCUGCGGAACGAUUGGGCUAAUCCACGCCAUUGCGAACAACAAAGACAAGAUGCACUUUGAAUCAGGGUCAACAAUGAAAAAGUUCCUGGAGGAGUCUGUAUCAAUGAGCCCUGAAGAAAGAGCCAAAUACCUGGAGAACUAUGACGCCAUUCGAGUUACUCAUGAAACCAGUGCACAUGAAGGUCAGACUGAGUCCUCCUCGCCAUCCUCACCACAGCCUCAUUCUAGCCACUGCAGAGCGAAGGCCUCAUCAUUGUGUCACCAUGCAUCCCUGCCCUGGGGCAAACGUAACCAUGUAGGCCCUGCAAAGGCUACCAGUCCAUCUCUCCGUCUUCGUCGCUGGCGACCCUUCUUACGCCUGCCAUCUUUGGGUCUCCAUUCUGUUGCACCAAGUAUAGAUGAAAAAGUAGAUCUUCAUUUUAUUGCGUUAGUUCAUGUAGAUGGGCAUCUCUAUGAAUUAGAUGGACGGAAACCAUUUCCAAUUAACCAUGGAAAAACUAGUGAUGAGACGUUGUUAGAGGAUGCCAUAGAAGUUUGCAAGAAGUUCAUGGAACGCGACCCCGAUGAAUUAAGAUUUAAUGCAAUUGCUCUCUCGGCAGCAUAGCAUCCUGACAGAAACACCAAAUACUGUAUUAUUUGCAACAAAAGUUAAAUUUCUGAUGCCAUAACUAACUCAAAAUUUUUAAUAUUUUCAUUAACUUGACUAAUUAAACUUUAUGUGAAUAAACUUCGACUUUACCUGUA